AACGCUAUUCUUUUUAAUUUUUCUUUCACAUGUUCAUUUCGUUUUUGACAUUUGGUUUAAAUUCAGUUGUUAACAAGCGUUCCUGCUUGUUUGAGUGUGCGAUCGCUGUCUAAAUAAUUUAACAGUAACUUUGGGUGCAAGAAUAGUAAAUUUAUAAAUAAUUAAAGAUUGUGAAAAAAAAUAUAAAGUGAAUGAUCUACCAACAAUGGACACGGCAAAUACAACAAUAAAAACAGAACCUGUGGAUUCUGAUGAAGCGGCCGAAAUAUAUAUAAAGAAAGAAGUUGAUAUGGAUUAUAAAGGUGAUAAUAUCGUAAUUAAAGAAGAAGAAAUGGAGCUUGAUGAUCCUGAGACUGAGAGAUGUGCUCCAUAUUAUAAUUAUCAGAGUUUUAACCUAUCCUGCAUAAAAAAUGAAUAUAGCGCUUCAGAUGAUUCUUAUAAUGCAAUACAAGAUGCUGAAAAUUUAUUACCAAGUCCCACCGAUAUCAAACCUGAUCUCGAAAAAAUCUUUUUGGAACAAUUAAAAAAGAAUAAUUACAUAACUAGCGAAGACACUGAUGAAAGCCAAGUUAAAGUCGAGUGUGAAGAUAAAAUUGAAAGUCCUGUAAAGGAUUUUGAACAAUUGGGUUUUAAACGAAUUCGGCUAAAGCGUCUGUUUGAAAAUGAACCUAAUUUGGAAAAUGAGGAACUUGUAAAGGUAAAAGUGAAGGAGGAAGACAGUGAAACGGGUUAUGAAAGCAGCUCGCCACAAACUCGUAAAACUGUCGUUGAUACAAGCAAUCUCAUUGAUAUCAAGAAUUGCCUUGUUGAGAGCACUGAUAAAAAAAAUGCUGUGAGAACGAUUUUUUUGCAAAAGUCUCCAUCAGCCUCAGUCGUACCCGCAAUUGCUGUUGGUCAAAAUAACAACAAUAAAUUUGAAGUCUCACAAAAUCCUAAUUUAAAUAUUUCUCUAAAAAACAUCGGAACAUCAUCACAACAAACUAAAUUUCCUGUUAUUGUUAAAAUACCAAACGAAAAGCUAUCCCUUGUCAAUCCAAAAGUUUUUGUCACACCUCAAAGCAGUCAACACAAUGGUUUAAAAUUAUUGAAAAACAAUUUCAAUGGACUUAAAUUAGUGAAAUUGGCACCAAAUUCUAGAAUUGUCAAAAUUCCUAAUAUAUGUGUACCUCAAUUUAAUACUUCGGUUCCAACACAGAAUUCUAAUCCGCAGAAAAAAAAGUUCUUUAUAAACUUCAACCCAGUUCUUUCAAUGAAUUCAGUAGCUAAUCAAACCAGUUCAACUUCCGGAAGCGUGCCAAAUUUGAUAACAAAUACCAAAGAUAAUCGUUCUGUUAAUGAAAACAAUACAAUGGAGAUUCAAAAUUCACCUAUAGUUAUAGAAAGUGAUUCCGAUGAUGAAUCCAAAUUAAACGUAGAUGAUAAACUGAAUAUCCAAAAGAGUUUCCUUAACCUUUCAGAAAAUGAAAUGGAAAAUAAUAUGCUUCAACAAAUAAAGGAACUUGGAUACACAGAUGAUAACCUCGGUGUUCAUCUUCAGGAAAAUAAAGUAGCAAACACAGAAGUGAUUAAUACUAUGAUUCAACAAAUAAAAGAGGUUGAAAAUCAAAUGAAUUGCGUUGGUGUUACUAGUUUGGUACAAGAUAGUACCGGCCCAAAAGCGACUGUCAAUAAAAAUCAAUAUAAAUCAAAUUUAUCAGUGUUACCAAUUGGAAGUAACGGUGUCACUACAAUUCAAAAUGCGGAAUAUUCUCAAAAUAAACCACCAGAAGUGUUUUUCCUGCCCGUAAAAUCCAAAUAUGAUCCGGAGCUAAUACAAGCAAAGCGAGAAUUUAAGAAUUACCGUUUUGCGUGGCUCUGUCCCCAUUGUCCACGUGAAUAUGAGCAGAAACAUGCUUUUCGUGGUCAUUUAGUUAGUUCACAUGGUCUUUGUAAAGAGGAAUUUGACCAACUACUGGUCGAAGUGAAAUCUUAUGAUACACAUAAGAAAACUGUGGAUGUCGAUCGUUUUAAGAAACUUAUGAAACAAAGGGCCGAAAAUCAGGCACCAAAUGACGAAACACCAAUUGAAAUAACCGAAAAUGGCGAUCUUCCAGAAAAGCAAAGAAAGAAGAAGUAUAGAAACAUUCAACAUAUUUGCAAUAAGUGCGGGCGUCACUGUUCAUCCAAAACUAUGUUAAACGAUCAUAUCGCUUCGAACUGUAGUCGGGAACCACAGUAUCCUUGCCCUGAAUGUCCCAAAAAAUUUUUUUCGUACAGCACAUUAACUUGUCAUAUCACAAUACACACUGGCGAGUUACCAUUCAAAUGCGACUUUUGUGACAAAAAAUUUCGCACCCGUGGUCAAGUUACUGUGCAUCAUAGAACUCAUACAGGCGAGCGUCCUUUUGAGUGUCAGGUUUGUAGUCAAAGUUUUACGCAUCGCGAGACUCUAAUAUCUCAUCUCUCACGUCACAUUGGCAUGAAACGUUACAAGUGUUAUGGUUGCAACAAGCAAUUUUCCUGCAUUAGUGGUCUUAAGAUGCAUCGUGAGAUACGGCCGGAUACUUGCGGUAAAGUGAAGUUCAAUCCACGAGCACUUGGUCCAAGAGUGCGCGUCGUUCGCGGAAAUAUUAUUUUCGAACCUCAGCCUGAGAUUAAUCCAUACUUGCGUAGUGAUGAUCCAGAUGAGCUCGUUAAAACCAGUACCACCCACCACGAAGACCAAAUUUUCACUCAAUAAACUUUAAGUCAUAAAUUUGAUAUUUUUUACCCGCAAUAAUUUUAUAUUUUUAUAUAAUUAUUUGCAUGGGUAAGCAUUUAUCGCCAUAUGCAUACAUAUUAAGUUAGUUUAGUUUCUUUUUAAUACUAACAUUAUUUGCUGGCUGUAAGAAUUAUACACAUUUAGAAAUAAGUUUUGUUAAGUUGUUGUUUAAGCGGCUUUUUAAAGCUGUAUAAAGAAUAUAUUUGCAAUUGUAUCUACGACUUGCAUUGUGCUAAUAUUUUCUUUCUUUUGUUUGGAAGAAUAUUCCCUGAUAUAAUUGUAUUAUAUA